CAUAUUUCGAUAAAUGUUUAUGUUUAACAGACUGUCUGCAUUUGGUUAGUUUAGCGUCGAUUCGUAGCUACGAAAACUCCAUCUGUCAACAUCACCACCGGGAAAUGUGACGUUACUUUCUGUCUGGAAGUGUAGGACUUGGUGGGCUCAUAUAGGAUCAAACUGUCCGUAUCAGACCCGUGGUAUGGUAUCAAUAGACUUGCUGUGAUAUGUACUCUACUAUUCACUCGUCUGCUCAUCCAUGUUGGGCUCGUUAACCAGUUUAGCGAUCUGCUGAUGAAAUGGGUCACACACAGCUGGUAAUUAGCUAGAUCGGAGGGAUCAUUUAAAAGUCCAGUUCUCUUCAAUGACUGUAUUUUGGGGACAUUAUUUUCAUACACUGGAUACGCUUGGUGGUGUUGUUGAGUCAAUGACGACAUGCUCAUCUAAUUUCCCGGCGCUGUAACAUGUUUGUAGUUAAUGUUCCUGGCAACGCGCUAGGCUGUUAACUACAUAGGCAUCUAGCUUGCUAACUGGAUGUCGGUGACCGCUCAUCUGCUCCGGACGCCCAAGACUGGGGAAAAUAAAAGUAGUCACAGUUUUUUCGAAAAUCAUGAACAAUUGCGAAUACCAACAAAUCGAACCGCUGUCACAUCCGACCCUGCCGCCGCGACCCGCAGCUGUUGAAGAGGAGGAGGAAAAGGCACGGAGAAAAUGGGAAGUUUUCCCCGGAAAGAAUCGCUUCUACUGCGAUGGACGGUUCAUCGUGGCUCAACAAAGCGGUGUCUUGCCACUCACCCUCGGCCUCAUUCUGGUCACCACCGUACUGUUCUUUGUAUUUGACUGUCCCUUCCUGGUGAAGCACCUGACUGUGUUCAUCCCAGCGAUUGGAGGAGUUCUGUUUGUGUUCGCUGUCAUCUCUCUCCUGCAGACCAGCUUCACUGACCCUGGCAUCCUGCCCCGGGCCACGCCGGACGAGGCCGCGUACAUUGAGAAGCAGAUCGAUAACUCUGGCUCUUCCACCUACCGACCCCCUCCCCGCACCAAGGAGGUGGUAAUCAACCAGCAGGUAGUGAAGCUCAAGUACUGUUUCACCUGCAAGAUGUUCCGGCCACCGCGCACCUCACACUGCUCCCUCUGUGACAACUGUGUGGAGCGAUUCGACCACCAUUGUCCCUGGGUGGGAAAUUGUGUUGGGAAGAGGAACUAUCGUUUCUUCUACACCUUCAUCGUCUCUCUGUCCUUCCUGACAGCCUUCAUCUUCGGCUGCGUCGCCACACAUCUCGCACUGAGGGCACAAGGGGGGAGAGGCCUUAUUUUUGCUCUUCAGGAGAGUCCAGCCAGUGCUGUGGAGCUGGUGAUUUGCUUCUUUUCAGUUUGGUCCAUAUUGGGCCUCUCAGGCUUCCAUACCUACCUGGUUGCUUCUAACCUGACCACAAAUGAAGAUAUCAAAGGCUCGUGGUCGGGGAAGAGUGAGGCGGAGGACACCGGUAACCCCUACAGCUAUAACAACAUCCUGACUAACUGCUGCUCUGUACUCUGUGGACCCAUGCCUCCCAGUUUGAUUGACAGACGAGGCUUCGUACCAGUGGAGCAGUCAUCGCAGACAGUUUCCAUGGAGAUGGUGCUGCCCAUGCCGGCUGCUAAGGAGAUUAAAGUGGUAGGAGGGCCCACGCCGUCCCAGCUGCCCCCCUCCUGUGCCUUGCAGGUUCCCCCCUCUACCUGCAAUCCCCCUCAGCCUGACUGACAGACCCCAGUUUAGUUGCCUGUUCUAACACUGUUUCCUGACUGGCUGUUGUGGGUUGUCAGAGCAGUGUACUGUAUCACUGUUGUUCAGGAUCUAGUACAGACCAGUGUACUGUAUUACUGUUGUUCAGGAUCUAGUACAGACCAGUGCACUGUAUUACUGUUCGGGAUCUAGUACAGACCAGUGUACUGUAUUACUGUUGUUCAGGAUCUAGUACAGACCAGUGCACUGUAUUACUGUUCGGGAUCUAGUACAGACCAGUGUACUGUAUUACUGUUGUUCAGGAUCUAGUACAGACCAGUGUACUGUAUUACUGUUCGGGAUCUAGUACAGACCAGUGUACUGUAUUACUGUUGUUCAGGAUCUAGUACAGACCAGUGUACUGUAUUACUGUUGUUCAGGAUCUAGUACAGACCAGUGUACUGUAUUACUGUUGUUCGGGAUCUGGUAUUCAGGACAUUACAUAUGGUGGUGUUUCUUGUUUGGUAGCCCAGUCUACACCAGACUGUUCGUUGUUUACCGCUGAAAAGACCAUCUCUGGAACAAGUGAAACCGCCUGCUAGGCCAUGUUUGACCUGGGUGUAGCUCAACUGUUAGUUACUCACGUCAUUCCGUGCCUUAACGUCAUAACCAGGCAACUCGGUGUUAUGUCUUUCAGUGAAAGGGGAACCCAGCCUAUAUAUCUGAUUAAUCCAUUUCCUAGCUUGGUUAGAGGUUGAGCCGUUGUUGUUUUGCGGUUCAGGUGAAACUUAAAUACUAGGGAGUUUAUUAGAACAUGUUUUUUUCCAAGGUGUGACUGCCACUGGGCUAUUUAGUUCAGUCUUAUGGUAGUGGCUCUCUCCAACCCGUCAGACUGUCUGCCUCUUCCAAACCAGCAGGCCUUUCUGCUGUUUACAGGCAAGCAUAUACAUAUAUAUAUAUAUACAUACAUACAUACAUACAUACAUACAUACAUACAUACAUACAUACAUACAUACAUACAUACAUACAUACAU